AUGAAAGUAACAGUGCUGGUAUGUGGUGGUGGAAAUGGAGCUCAUGUUCUAGCAGCUUUAGUAGCUUCACAAACUGACAUGCCCUGUCGUGUCCUUGCACUUUCCCAGGCUCGGGAAUGGAGAGAGGCUUCAACGAGUAAAAUCCUGUCCUGUUCAUUCCCUUGUAGAGGCGCCAAGUCAAUUGUAUACAAAGCUAACCCCCAUACAAUAUCUGACAACCCAGCAGAAGUGGUGCCAGGAGCAGACAUCAUUGUUUUGGUUGUCCCUGCGUUCUCCCAUGGGAAGUACCUGGCAGCCAUUGAACCCUACAUGCAGAAGGGGACCAUUCUUGUUGCCUUGCCCGGACAGGCUGGUUUUGAUUACCAAGCAUGUCACAUUCUUCGAAAUAAAUUGAAUGAUCUCACUAUCAUAUCGGCGGAAUCCCUUCCCUGGGCCUGUAGAAUAUCUGAGUACGGAGUCAAGGUAGAUGUAAUUGGUGUUAAAGAGUUAUUGCAUAUGUAUGUAGUUCACAAAGAUGGCCAAAUGUGGCUCAAUCAUUUUCAGGUGUUAAAAUCAAUCUUUGGGCCGUUUCCAGUUCUUAAGCAGGUCAACCAUAGCAUGGAGCUCGCCCAUUUGCCCUCUGCCCUUCAUCUUGGAAUAAUGUACGGCAAAUGGAGAGAUUGGAACCACGAGUCUCUAUCCGAGAACCCACUCUUCUACCAAGGUACAGAUGACUUCCAAGCACAGUAUAUCAGUGACCUUGACAGUGAGGUCAGAAAGAUAAAGGUGAAAUUGCUACAGGAACGACCAUAUGAAUUACCAUCUGGCCUUCAGUGGUUGGUAAACUGCUACUGGCCGAUCAUUUCUGACCAAAGCAGCCUAAAAUAUGCUCUGACAACCAACAAGGCAUUUGAUGGAUUACUACAUCCUAUGUUGAAAGUGGGAGGAGGAUACAUACCAGAUUUUAAGGGCCGGUAUCUUUCUGAAGAGGUACCAUUUAAUCUCGUAGUAUUUAAAGGCCUAGCCCAGAUCGUUGAGGUAAAUACACCUGUAAUAGAUAGAGUGUUACACUGGAGUCAGCAGAAACUAGGAAAGAUAUACAUCGUUGGGUCUGAACUAAGAGGAAGGGACCUACCGGAGACAAGAGCCCCACAAGUGUAUGGAAUCAGAUCCCCAGAUGACGUGAAGAAAUGGCUAUAG